AUGCGUCCAACUCUUCCCUUGUCACUCGACUGUCUUCUCGACAAGACCGCUCUGAUUACUGGGGCAGGGUCUGGAAUCGGCGAAGGAAUAGCUAAAUUUUUCACAAAAGAGGGCGCGAAUGUGAUUAUCGCAGACAUAGCCACGGACGGAGGCACGCGGGUCGAGAAGGACAUUCAACAGACUCACUCCGAAGGUCUCGGCCGGGCUUUAUUCCUGAAGUUCGAUUGUACGACAAGUCAAGCAUGGAAAGAUGGGCUGAAAUUCGCUCUCAACAAGUUCGGAAAGCUCGAUAUUGUUGUCAAUAAUGCUGGCACAACUUAUACCAAAAAGCCGAGUGUUGUGGUUACCGAGGCAGAGUUCGAUAAGAUUGUCGCUGUUAAUACCAAGAGUAUCUAUCAUAGUGUCGUCCAAAUCAUGCCCUACAUGGCUGAGCGACGCUCCGGCGUCUUCAUUAAUACCUCGUCAGUGGCUGGAUACAAGGUCCGGCCUGGACAAGUCUUUUACGGUGGGACGAAGGGCUUCGUGAAUACAAUCACACAAGGGUUGGCUGCAGAAUGGGGGCCCUAUAAUAUCCGAGUCAACUCCAUUUGCCCACAAAGGUCUCCGACAGGCUUGCUAGAGAGAUUUUCUGGCGCCGCAGAUACCUCCGAAGAGCGCGCUCGGUUUUCUAGGACGGUUCCUUUGCAGAGGAUGGGCGAUGUCGAUGCCAUUGCGCAUGCUGCUGUCUACUUGGCUAGCGAUGAAGCUAGCUUUGUGACUGGAAUUAAUUUCACCGUUGAUGGAGGGAGACUAGCAGCUUAG